CGGGCUGUGGGCGCGCUGGCGGCUCUUCGGCCAUGGUUUUCUCAAAUAAUGAUGAAGGCCUUAUUAACAAAAAGUUACCAAAAGAACUCCUUUUAAGAAUAUUUUCCUUCUUGGAUAUAGUAACUUUGUGCCGAUGUGCACAGAUUUCCAAGGCGUGGAAUGUCCUAGCCCUGGAUGGAAGCAACUGGCAAAGAAUAGACCUUUUUAACUUCCAGACAGAUGUAGAGGGUCGAGUGGUGGAAAAUAUCUCAAAGAGAUGCGGUGGGUUCCUGCGGAAGCUCAGCCUGCGAGGCUGCAUUGGAGUUGGGGAUUCCUCCCUGAAGACCUUUGCUCAGAACUGCCGCAACAUCGAACAUUUGAACCUCAAUGGGUGCACAAAAAUCACUGACAGCACGUGUUACAGCCUAAGCAGGUUCUGUUCCAAGCUGAAGCAUCUGGAUCUGACCUCCUGUGUGUCCAUUACGAACAGCUCCUUAAAGGGACUCAGCGAGGGCUGCCGAGGCCUGGAGUACCUGAACCUGUCCUGGUGCGAUCAGAUCACAAAGGACGGCGUGGAGGCACUGGUGCGAGGCUGCCGAGGCCUGAAAGCCCUGCUCCUGCGGGGCUGCACGCAGUUAGAAGACGAAGCUCUCAAACACAUUCAGAAUUACUGCCAUGAGCUCGUGAGCCUCAACUUACAGUCCUGCUCACGCAUCACUGAUGACGGCGUGGUGCAGAUCUGCAGGGGCUGCCACCGGCUGCAGGCCCUCUGCCUCUCGGGCUGCAGCAACCUCACGGACGCCUCCCUCACGGCCCUGGCCCUGAACUGCCCAAGACUUCAGAUUUUGGAGGCCGCCCGGUGUUCCCAUUUGACUGACGCGGGUUUUACACUUUUAGCUCGGAAUUGCCACGACCUGGAGAAGAUGGACCUUGAAGAGUGCCUCCUGAUAACCGACAGCACACUCAUCCAGCUCUCCAUCCACUGUCCUAAACUGCAAGCCCUGAGUCUGUCCCACUGUGAGCUCAUCACAGAUGACGGCAUCUUGCACCUGAGCAAUAGCGCCUGCGGCCACGAAAGACUGCGAGUGCUGGAACUGGACAACUGCCUCCUCAUCACCGACGUGGCCCUAGAACACCUGGAGAGCUGCCGCGGCCUGGAGCGCCUGGAGCUGUACGACUGCCAGCAGGUUACCCGCGCGGGCAUCAAGCGGAUGCGGGCUCAGCUCCCUCAUGUCAAAGUCCACGCGUACUUUGCGCCUGUCACUCCGCCGACAGCAGUGGGAGGCGGCGGACACCGGCUGUGCAGGUGUUGUGUCAUCCUCUGACAGCUGCUGCCUGGGCCCCGCGCCGCAGACGACCUGAGCCUUCCCUGCCUUCUCCACCGUCGCCGCACUCUGUUGAUUCUCCAUUGGGCAAGGCUUUUCCAGGUAAAAGACUUCUGUAGGGACUGCAGUAACUUCUGUGGGUGAGAGUUUUCACCUCGAUUCUGCUGCCGUGCAAUCAAAGCCUUGUGUCAGUAAGCACACAGCAAGGGCGGUCUCCUUCAGCCAGGACCGUGCAAGAAACCUGGUUUCUUGAAGAGGUGGGUGUACCUUCCUAGGUACCCAAGUUCUGUCCUCGGCUUUGUCAGCAUCACGCAGACAGACCAUCAGUGUUAGCACAAACUGAGCAGAAAAAACAGGCUGUUGACUUCCUACCUGACACUUGAGACAGCGGCCUGCUUCAAUUCAUGACAGCUCCAUUUUGAUUAGCAGGACUUUUCCACUUUGAAGAUUAAAUAGCAACGUCGUCAGUGACUGUACUGCAAAUUCAUAGUACCUGAUAGUUUUAUAUGU